AUGAAGUUUACCCAUUUAUUUUUCAUCGGUUUAUUGACUAAGGUUUAUACAGAAACUGUGACAGUUUUAUCAACCAGAAGCUACAGAUUAGCAACCACGGAGCUGACCCCUACUGAUGGUACUGUUUACUUAACGUUAACGAGACAACAAAGUCUGUCAACUUCCUUGAAUGCUUCUACAAUUACCACACCACCACUGAACCUGUCUGCUAGUGUUCAAACAACAGCUGUUACUGACUGUCACUUUCAUAAUUCGGUCCAAUAUUGUGUUGAUGGUUACGGAAAUGAAGGUUCAAUCUUGCCAGUUCCAACCAAUACAAACAACCUUCCUACAAGCUAUGAUGGAUGCCAUUCCCACGAUGGUGAUACUUUCUGUAUGGAUGGAGAUAAAGAAGUUCAGUUUGUGAAAUUAGAAGAUGAAGAUGAUGAAGAGUCGAGCUCAUCUUCAGGAAAAAAGUGUCAUUUCCAUGCUGGUGUUGAGCAUUGUGUCGAUGACAAUAACCAUGACGCUGUGACUUGUGAAAGAGUGAAAAGAGAUUACGAUAUUCCUUUGAGAAUUGGGUUGCUUUUUGUUAUUCUUGUUACUUCUGGUAUCGGGUCUUUUGGUCCAAUUGUUUUGAAACAAUUUGUCAACUUAUCACAGGAAAACUAUAUUAUUGUUAUCAUCAAACAGUUUGGUACUGGUAUAAUCAUAUCAACGGCAUUUGUCCAUUUAAUGACUCAUGCGCAAUUAAUGUGGAGCAAUUCUUGUUUGAAAAUCAAAUAUGAAGGUACUGGUGCUUCAAUAACCAUGGCUGGGAUUUUUAUUGCUUUUAUAAUUGAGUACAUUGCUCUUAGAAUAGUCAAUGCCCGUGAUACUGGAAAGGUUGAUAAAAAGGAAAUUGAGGAAACAUCUAGUAAUGAGCAAUCAUUACAUGGAAUCUCUGUUAACGACAAGAUUUCAGUAAUGAUUUUAGAAGCAGGUAUUAUUUUCCACUCCAUUCUUAUUGGUAUUACUUUAGUUGUCACAGAUGAUGUUUACUUUAUUACCUUGUUUAUUGUUAUUGUUUUCCAUCAGUUUUUCGAAGGUUUGGCUUUGUCUUCGAGAAUUAUAUCUAUUACCAAUGCAAGUUUGUCAACUAAAUUAGUGAUGGCACUCAUGUUUGCAUUGAUCACCCCUAUUGGAAUGGCAAUUGGUAUCGGUGUUUUGAACAAAUUCAACGGUAAUGACCCCUCUACUUUAAUUGCAUUGGGAACUUUAGAUUCUUUUUCAGCAGGUGUGCUCCUUUGGACUGGUUUAAUUGAAAUGUGGAGUCACGAUUGGUUACACGGCCACUUGAGAAACAGUUCUUUUGUAAAAACUACAGUUGCCUUAGUAAGUUUGAUUUUGGGAAUGUUGCUCAUGAGCUUAUUGGGUAAUUGGGCGUAA